AUGCCUGAACCAGCCAAACCCGCGCCCAAGAAGGGCUCUAAGAAGGCCGUCACCAAGACCGCCGUUAAGGGAGGAAAGAAGCGCAGAAAGUCCAGGAAGGAGAGUUACGCCAUCUACGUGUACAAAGUGCUCAAGCAGGUCCACCCCGACACCGGCAUCUCUUCCAAGGCGAUGGGCAUCAUGAACUCUUUCGUCAACGACAUCUUCGAGCGCAUCGCCGGUGAGUCGUCUCGUCUCGCGCACUACAACAAGCGCUCCACCAUCACGUCGAGAGAGAUCCAGACCGCCGUGCGUCUGCUGCUGCCCGGUGAACUCGCCAAACACGCCGUGUCCGAGGGCACCAAAGCCGUCACCAAGUACACCAGCUCCAAGUAAAGCGCCGCUUUCAUCC